CCGGAAGCUGUGAUCAGCUGAUGGGGGAGGAGCUGCAAGAGAGGUGAGCCAUCUUCCCCCGGCAGACUGGUACACUCGAUAGAGCCUGGGAGAGAAGGAUACGAGAUAUCAUCCGGGGAUCCCGGUGUCUUUUGGAGGUAGAGACGAGUGUUAGACGCCAAGACAACCGGUGUCAGUCGGAAAGGAAAAUAUCUGCAGGACUGCUCAGGAUUUCCGCACCAGAGCUGACGGAGGAAUAUACCCACUUUUAACGUCAGACACAAGACUCCAGUACAAAGAACCGAAAACAUUGAGCCAGGAGCGGGCAUUAAUAUCGAAAUAAAAACCGUAUGUAACCGAGGGAGGAAAAUGCAAACGUUCUGAAGAUAGGCGAUGUAAAUAAGCAUGUAGUCCUUACAGUGCGAAAGGCGUUUUGCAUCUCCAGUAAAUGUAAACAAACAGCUAUUCAAGCUAGCUGAAGUUAGCCGAUUCGGGGUUAGCUUUCUGCUGCUAGCACACAUAGCUAACGUCAGGUAGUAGGACCGAAGCAGACCGAAGGUAAACCGGACCGAACAAGCCUGGCUUUGGAUUGAAAACGAAAUUUAUCUUCAGUGUAGUAGUGUCCAGUGGAUGACAGCUGUUUGUGUAAUCUCAGUGUGCAGUUAUUAGCACAGUUAGCUCAGCUAACCUCGGCUAAAUAUUAUUUGCAUUAGCAGUCCAGAAUAAUAACAUUACCACUAGCACAGUAAAUGUAGAACAAUGAAGACAUUUGGCAGUACCAACGGUACAUCUGUUUUUGACCUGGCGUCGUUGUAAAUGUUUUUGCUGUGAGAGAGAUUAAAGACUUCCAUGGCUGGUGUAAUGCUACAAUAGAUAAUCUGUAUAUCCAGUGAAGUCCAGCUGAUUGGCUGAAAAGAGUAGAACGUAGAGAUGAAGGAAAACAACUUCAUGACUUCUUAAAGAUUUAAUCACAUCGCUACCCCGAGCCAGUGGGCUGUCUUCGCGUUCUUCGCUGCACCGCAGGGAGAAAAUUUCAGUUUUACAUGCUGCACUUUUAGUCUGUUUGACAGUAACAGUCCUUAGCUGGUGAGUUUGGUUGGUUUGUACUCUUAGCUGCAGUAGUAGUGCAGGUCGGACCCUCUGUUCAAAGCCGCGGUUGAGCCCGGCAGCAUGGAGUGGGUUGUUAAAUCGAUCUAAAUAGCUAGUCGAUUUAUUUGAGUAUAUAACAACCCCAUCUAAGCCACAGGAGAAUAUACGUGUAGACUUUCGAUCAUUGUAGCCUUGUUAUGAAUAUCCCUCUACAGAGUAUUUGAAGGAGACCACCUCCUUGUCAGAGUUUGUAUUAUGUAGCUGUGUUUGAGGGCCCAACAGUAAGCCUCUCAGCUGUGUUUUGGUUGCCAGUGGCCUCCCCUCCCCCAGUCUUGAGACUCUUGAUUCUCCCCGAGUGUUGGACUCUGUUCGCCGGGUUUCCACUUUAUUUCUUCUGAAGUAAGGCCGUGGCCCGAAGUCUCAGUUCUCUGGACUCCGAAGCAGUUGAAAAGUGGAUGUAAUGGAACUGAUGUUUGCCGAGUGGGAGGACGGGGAGAGGUUCUCCUUCGAAGACUCGGACCGGUUCGAGGAAGACUCUCUGUGCUCCUUCAUCUCAGAGGCCGAGAGUCUCUGUCAGAACUGGAGGGGAUGGAGGAAGCAGUCUGCCGGACCCAACUCCCCUACUGUCAAGAUGAAAGAUGGUCAGGUGAUUCCACUGGUGGAGUUGUCAGCAAAGCAGGUAGCUUUCCACAUCCCAUUUGAGGUGGUGGAGAAGGUCUACCCCCCUGUCCCAGAACAGUUACAGCUUCGCAUCGCCUACUGGAGCUUCCCUGAAAAUGAGGAAGACAUCAGGUUAUAUUCCUGCCUGGCUAAUGGGAGUCCAGAUGAAUUCCAACGUGGAGAGCAGCUCUACAGGAUCAGAGCAGUCAAAGACCCCCUGCAGAUUGGGUUCCAUCUCAGUGCUACAGUGGUGUCCAGUCAGGCCAGUCAGUCUAAAGGAGCCUACAAUGUGGCAGUCAUGUUUGAUCGCUGCCGCAUCACUUCCUGUAGCUGCACCUGUGGUGCUGGGGCCAAAUGGUGUGCACAUGUGGUGGCACUUUGCCUCUUCAGGAUCCACAAUGCAUCAGCAGUGUGUCUGAGGGCUCCAGUCUCUGAGUCUUUGUCCAGGCUCCAGCGGGACCAGCUCCAAAAGUUCGCCCAAUACCUCAUCAGUGAGCUGCCUCAGCAGAUCCUACCCACAGCCCAGCGGCUGCUAGAUGAGUUGCUCUCUUCUCAGUCUACUGCCAUCAACACCGUGUGUGGAGCUCCAGACCCAACAGCAGGUCCUUCAGCAUCUGACCAGAGCACCUGGUAUUUGGAUGAGUCGACCCUCAGCGACAAUAUCAAAAAGACUCUGCACAAAUUCUGUGGGCCCUCACCUGUUGUCUUCAGUGAUGUAAACUCGAUGUACCUGUCAUCCACUGAGCCACCAGCUGCUGCUGAGUGGGCAUGCCUGCUGCGACCUCUGAGGGGCAGAGAGCCAGAAGGCAUCUGGAACCUUCUGUCCAUUGUCAGAGAGAUGUUCAAGAGACGAGACAGCAAUGCAGCCCCGUUGCUUGAGAUCCUCACUGAGCAGUGUCUCACCUAUGAACAGUUGUGGCUGUCUGACAGUGUGUUCGGAUCAUCAGUGCGGUCGUCCCACAGCAGUGCCAGUGGUCACACUGGACGCAGCAAUGGCCAGUCGGAGGUGGCGGCUCAUGCCUGUGCCAGCAUGUGUGAUGAGAUGGUGGUGCUUUGGAGGCUGGCUGUGCUUGACCCCACUAUGAGCCCUUGCAGGCGUCUGGAGCUGGCAGGUCAGCUGAAGCAGUGGCACCUAAAGGUUAUUGAGAUAGUGAAGCGGGGGCAACAUCGCAAGUCCCUGGAUAAACUGUUCCAGGGCUUCAAGCCUGCCGUGGAGUCCUGCUAUUUUAACUGGGAGGUGGCCUACCCACUGGACGGCAUCACUUACUGUGGUGCUGACAAGAAGAGUGCCACAUUUUGCUGGUCUAGGGCAGUGCAGCAUCAGAGAGGAGUUAAAGCUGCUGCGGGCGGGGGUGGAGAACCUCCUGAACCAGGGGGAGGAGGGAGAGCUGAAAGUGGAGCUGGGGGAGAUUAUAAAGGAAGAGGAAGUGGUCACUUGUCUCAACAGGAGGUGGCAGUGCGACCCAAGGAGACCAUUCUGACCAAGAGGAAGGGUCUCUCAGUGAGUGGAGGAGGAGGGAUGCUGGUCCGUCUGGGGGGGGGUGUUUCUCUAUCCCUGGAAGACGGAGGAGGGAAGUGCAUGUACAAAGGGCAAGGCUCCUCUUCUGGAGGGAAGCUGAAGCUGACACAGGGAGGUGGAAAGGGGACAUCUGUAGGAGGUCCUGGAGGAAACGGAGGGUUGGGAGGUGGUAAGCAUGCCAAUGCCAAGCGGAGAACCAGCAGUGAGGACAGCUCCCUGGAGCCAGACCUGGCUGAGCUCAGCCUGGAUGAUGGCUGCAGUCUGGCUCUGGGGGCUGAGGCCAGCAACACUUUUGAGUUUCUCCCCCCGCCACCAGAGAUGCUGCCCUCCCCGAGCCCACUGCUCCGAGAUUCACGCAAGUACAGCAAUAGCAGCGGGGGGAGCAAGAUGUUUGAAACAAAGCGUGUCAGCCAUACCUCAGCCACACUUCCCGCUGCAGAGCCUGCAUCACCCUGCUUCCCUUCCAAAGAGACUGUGGUUGUUGUUAUGGACAUUCCCAGCACUGCAGAAAAGGAAGCAGAACUGGAGGUGGAGCCUAACCAGAACAGAGAUGAAGAUGUAGACUCAGCUGGAAGUAACCAGGCCUCCACCUCCACCACAACAGCAAGAUCAGGCACCACUCAAACAUCUGCUAAGGCACCGCGGGGCCGCAGAGAGGCAGCGUCUGUUGAAGCAGCGGCAGCUGGAGGUGGGGCAGCAGCUGGAGGUGGGGCAGCAGCUGCAGGUGGACCAGCUAACCAGGUAGCAGAGGCAGCAGGUGGAGCUGCAGGAGGAGAAGCUGUGGGUGAGGAUGACUAUCAGGCAUACUACCUGAGUGCUGCCUCAGAGGAAGGAGCAGACAGACAGUUGACCGACAGCCACCAGGAGGAGGAGCCAGACAUCUUUGCAGGGAUCAAACCGCUAGAUCAGGAGGGACGCAUGGAGGUGCUAUUUGCGUGUGCAGAAGCCCUCUAUGCUCAUGGCUACAGUAAUGAGGCUUGCCGGCUGGCUGUGGAGCUGGCCAGAGACCUGUUAGCCAACCCCCCAGACCUGAAAGUGGAACAGCCACAGACAAAGGGUAAGAAGAGCAAGGUAUCAACAAGCCGUCAGACACAGGUGGCCACUAACACGCUAUCAAAAGCUGCCUUCCUCCUCACUGUUCUCAGUGAACGACUGGAGCUCCACAACCUGGCCUUCAGCACUGGCAUGUUCUCCCUGGAACUUCAGAGACCACCAGCAUCUACCAAAGCUCUGGAGGUGAAGCUGGCCUACCAGGAGUCAGAGGUGGUGGCUCUGUUGAAGAAGAUUCCUCUGGGCUUGGUAGAGAUGUCAGCCAUCAGAGAGCGAGCCGAGCAGCUUCGGGAUGGAAACUUCUGCGAUUACAGACCUGUGCUGCCUCUCAUGUUGGCCAGCUUCAUCUUUGAUGUGCUGUGUACCCCAGUUGUGUCCCCAACGGGUUCCCGUCCACCAAGCCGCAAUCGUAACAAUGAGAUGCCUGGUGAUGAGGAGCUGGGCUUUGAGGCCGCUGUUGCUGCACUUGGUAUGAAGACCACAGUCAGUGAGGCAGAGCAUCCUCUGCUGUGUGAAGGAACUAGACGGGUGAAGGGUGACUUGGCUCUGGCUCUCAUGAUCACCUACAAGGAUGACCAGAGCAAGCUGAAGAAGAUACUGGAUAAGUUGUUGGACAGGGAGAGUCAGACCCACAAGCCUCAGACUUUGAGCUCCUUCUACUCCAGCAAACCAGCAGCUGGCAGCCAACGCAGCCCAUCCAAACAUACAGCUGCUGGCCACAGUGGAGUGAGUGGAGCCACCGGGGGUGUCUCCAAACACACCCCUUCAUCUUCCUCUGCGACCACUGUGGCAGCAUCUUCCUCCAGCUCUUCCUCUGCUGUGACACUGGCUGGAGAAGAGGUGGCUCAUCAGGCUGAACUAAACCCAGGGCAGAACAGCACAGCAGGGGAGAGUACUGCUGAAACAAGGGAGCAUGUGUCAGAUGGGCCUCCUUCAUCAAGUGACCAGCAGAAUGAAAUGGCUCCAUUUAAGCUGGAGGCCACAGUGCCCAGUCGGCUGGCGCUGGGGGCACGCUGUGGAUACAGCCAACGCUGCUGGGGCUCACCUGUCCGGCAGAAAAAGAAACACACUGGCAUGGCAAGUAUCGACAGCAGCGCUCCAGAGACAACCUCAGACAGUUCCCCCACCCUCAGCCGCCGGCCACUUCGUGGUGGCUGGGCAGCAACAUCUUGGGGGCGGGGCCAGGAUAGUGAUAGCAUCAGCAGUUCAUCAUCUGAUUCGCUGGGCUCCUCCUCCUCCAGUGGCUCUCGUAGGGCAGGGGGAGGGGCCAGAGCCAAGAGCACUGACACCAGCAGGUACAAAGGGCGACGUCCAGAGUGCCAUGCUCCCCAUGUGCCCAACCAGCCAUCAGAGGCAGCAGCCCAUUUUUACUUUGAGCUGGCCAAGACAGUGCUGAUCAAAGCUGGAGGAAACUCCUCCACCUCCAUUUUCACCCAGCCCUCAGCCAGCGGGGGCCACCAGGGGCCCCACAGAAACCUGCACCUGUGUGCCUUUGAGAUUGGCCUGUAUGCUCUUGGCCUUCACAACUUUGUCUCACCCAACUGGCUGUCCAGGACGUACUCCUCUCAUGUGUCCUGGAUCACUGGCCAAGCCAUGGAAAUUGGCAGUGCUGCCCUCAACAUUUUGGUGGAGUGUUGGGAUGGUCACCUCACCCCUCCAGAGGUGGCAUCCCUAGCAGACCGAGCUUCUCGGGCCAGGGACCCUAACAUGGUUCGUGCGGCAGCAGAGCUGGCCCUGAGCUGCUUGCCACAUGCUCAUGCCCUAAAUCCAAAUGAAAUCCAGAGAGCCCUGGUGCAGUGCAAAGAGCAGGACAAUGUGAUGCUGGAGAAGGCCUGCAUGGCAGUAGAGGAAGCAGCCAAGGGUGGAGGUGUGUACCCUGAGGUUCUGUUUGAGGUGGCUCACCAGUGGUACUGGCUGUAUGAGCAGUCAGUGGGCGGAGGCUCAGGUCAGCAGCGAGAGACCUCUGGGCGCUGUGGGGCAAAUGGGGGUUCAGGCAGGAGGCCUCCGGAAUCCAGCUGUGGAGUCCUUGACAGUGGAGCCAACAUGGAUUCUCCGGGGGUGGCAACAGUCACAGCCUCAGUCACUGCAGCAGCCGUCGUACCUGUCAUCUCCGUGGGCUCCACCAUCUACCAGUCCCAUGCCAUGACAGGGCAGGCCAUAGCUCACCCCCACAGCCAGGGCCUUCACCCUUACACCACCAUCCAGGCCCAUCUCCCCACCGUUUGCACCCCCCAGUACCUGGGACACCCUCUGCAGCAUGUCCCCCGACCCACUGUAUUCCCUGUGUCUGGGGCUGCAUAUCCACAGGGAAUGCACCCAGCCUUUAUCGGGGCCCAGUACCCGUUUUCAGUGGCCACAGGCCCCCAGCCACCUAUGGCAGCUACGGCUGUGACCUUCCCUGGCGUCCCUGUACCGUCCAUGACCCAGAUUGCCGUCCAUCCCUACCACACUGAGACUGGCCUGCCCCUCAGCACCACUGUAGCAGUAGGCAGUGUCCAUGCAGGCCCCACUAUCCAGGCCAUCCAGGGUGCAUCUUUGCCCUCCCUUUCCACCCAGCCAGGAUCAUUGGUCAGCACUCCUUUCCCAGCAGAGGACGAGCAGCACAGCCAGCCAAUCAGUCAGCAGGGCCUGCACUACCUGCAUUCUGCCUACAGAGUUGGCAUGCUGGCGUUGGAGAUGCUGGGCAGGAGGGCUCACAAUGACCAUCCCAACAAUUUCUCCAGGAGCCCACCUUACACUGAGGAUGUCAAAUGGCUGCUGGGACUGGCUGCGAGGCUAGGAGUCAACUAUGUGUACCAGUUCUGUGUCGGAGCAGCAAAAGGUGUUCUCAGUCCAUUCGUCCUGCAGGAGAUCAUCAUGGAGGCCCUGCAGAGACUGAACCCUGCCCACAUCCACGCCCACCUCCGAACACCUGCUUUCCACCAGCUCGUCCAGCGCUGCCAACAGGCAUACCUGCAGUACAUCCACCACCGGCUCAUCCACCUGACACCUGCUGACUAUGAUGACUUUGUCAACAUCAUCCGCAGUGCACGAGGUGCUUUCUGCCUGACACCUGUGGGUAUGAUGCAGUUUAAUGAUGUGCUGCAGAACCUGAAGAGAGGCAAGCAGACCAAGGAGCUUUGGCAGCGCAUAUCCCUGGAGAUGGCAACCUUUUCCCCCUGAGUAGCACGCUGAGCAAGGAUAGCCUUGGCCUGGGCCUGGGCCUGGGCCAAGCUUGAGGAGUCCUUUUCAGCACCCACUCAGCCUCCAGCAUUGCUACUGCCACUGCACUGAGCCAGCCACAUUCAUGCUGUCUGGUUCUGUCGGGGAGCCUGCUCUCUGCGGUGUGGAGUCCGCACACAGCACACAGGCAGUACAAUCAGCUCCCCUACCCCCGACCCACAGAGACGUCCUUUUUUAUGGGUGUUUGUCCACCCAGAGCUCAGAGGAGCAGCCAGGUCACUUCCCUGCUCUCCUCUGUUCUUGACUGACUCCUCACUCGUUUUAUCAUGGUUCAUGUUUGUGUAACUGUGGAAUUAAAGUGUACUCUUUCCUUUCUGCAUCUAACUCGUCUUUUCCAUUUCCCUAAACUGAAGACAUCUCUCACCCUCCAUCCUCACCUCAUUUCCAGUGUUUUGUAGUUUAGUUUUGUUUUGAAUGAAACCACUAAGUGUGAGCAUUUUCAUGCUGCAACAUUCCUGUCCAGAGUGGUAGGUGCUGUGAGGCCUCAUUCACUAAAAACUUGUCACUAUGGAUCUGAAUCUUUGCAGUAUGGGAAAAAGUGGAAGAUUUGCAAGGAAAAUAGGUUUAAUAUGAGAAAUUAUAUUGUCAGUACGGGUGAGGAUUUUUCAGUAUUUUGUUUAAUCUUUUUUGAUACUUUGUAUAGAAUAUGAUAUGUAUGCAGAGAGGAAUGGGAAGAGAAUGAGAGAAUGUUAAAGAUGCUGUUGUUGUGUGGGAUCCAUAUUUACAUUUCUUCCUGCUUGAGGAGUGACAUGAACACAGCUCAAGACCAAAACCAGAGGCCACCUAACCACUACUGGGCCAAGCAGGGCACCUAAGGGCUUCUCUAGGUUCACUCUUACUCAGUGUUAGAAUAUUUGGAUCAGGCUUUUGUUAUGACUUGUCAGUAGAUAGAUUAUCAUUUAAAAUUUUUUGAUGAUAUCUAUUUUUUCCGGAGCUCCUUAAAAGCAACAUCACUGAUAACAUUUCUUUUUUCCCCAAGUAGAUUCUGGUGCUCACCACAGUCUAUCUGGUGGUUGUGGAAGAAAGGUUUUUCCUCAUGUCCCAUGAGGGGCUCCACACAUUUUCAGUAUCAAUCUCAAAACAUUUUUCAAUAUUUUUUUGCUAAAUAUAAACAUGUUUUCUACAAAAGAUUUCUUGACAUUUAACAAAAUGGCAAGUUUGUCACAUUCAGUCAGCUGUCGUGCUGUCGUGCUGUCAUGCUGUCGUAACAUCACAACUGUACAAAAUCUCAGCUAAAACAAAACCGCUAACAAACUUCUAAUUAACAUCAAGUCAUCAGUGAAUGAGUUUACGUGGCAAGAAAGCAAACCAGUGCCACCAGUUUUUUAUGAUGGGUAAUUCCUGUUCAGAUUCCUUACUUAGCCAUCCAUUUCUGCUUUCACACGACUGAGUAGUUCAGCUGCACAGAUAGCAGUAGCUGGUGUGGAAAACAGUUCCAGACACUUCCCUUUGAAAGUGUAGGUAAGCAGCUGUACACUGCUCUUUCUUGGAUGUGGUGAAGUUGACCAGUCCUACAUCUGCCAAACUAAUCAGUUAGUCCUCAUCCUUGUCUUUCCAAGUUCUCCUUCUUGUAAAACCAAGUGCCCAAUUGGUCAAAAGGGGCAGUAACAAAACCAUUCUGACUACAGAAAAGAAACUUGAAGAACUCACACAGCUGACAGUCAGGCUUCAUGGUUUGGAUUACAAGGGAGAAAAAAUUGAGGUCUAAGCAUUUGGUUUGGCAAAUGUAUGUUGUCAGUGGGAAGCAUGUAAAGCUGUCGUACAUAUUAUGGCUGUGUCUCAUUUUUCAGCCAUCUUCUUUAAAGUUCACACUUCAAAACUGAAUAUGUGUUAAUGUUUUUAAAUGAGAUACAGUGAUUUGGCUCUGGAAAGCCCUGCUUUGCUGAGUUUUGUGAUGGCAUGAGUCCAAACACUGACCUGGACCUGUCAGAAUCCAACACAUGAGUGUCUUUGAGUGGCCCCUUUCUUUGGUGUGGGUAGCUCAUAGACCAUGGUGCUGUUACUUUAAGACAUGUUGAUGUUCCAUCUCUGUCCAGGCAGCUGCUGUGGUUCUGAACCUUCCUCUCUGAUUGGCUCUGGACCUCACAGGUGAAGGUGACUUAGUAGAAAAUGUACUGUGAUAUUUUUGUAUUCCUCAACAAGUGUAGCUUGAUCGAAAAGUUCUAUAUGUGCUGAUUGCAAAAGGUUUUAAUUUAGAGUGAAAAGAUAAAAUAAAAAGAUAAAAGCAAUACAAAAAGUGUAGAGUUUACUUAAUAAAGAGAGUUGAAAACACUAA